AUGGCGUGCAGAAUUCCCGAGGUGGCCAGUCUGGUGGAGGAGGCGCAGGACAAAUUUCAGCUGGUGUUUGGGACUGUGGCAGAUGUGGCAGUCAUGGCCCCAGGGCGAGUCAACAUCAUUGGUGAACACACAGAUUAUAAUGACGGAUUUGUGUUUCCUAUGGCCCUCCCAAUGGUGACGGUGGUGGUGGGCCGGCGUGUGGAAGGUGGCCGCUGCAGGGUCCACACCAUGUCCACCCAAGCUGACAAACCCCAUCAGGUGGAGUUCCCGGCUCCCUCCCCUUCCACCCCGCUGCAACCUAGCUCCCCUGCUUGGGCUAAUUAUGUCAAAGGGGUGGUCGCCAAUUUUCCAGGCAGCAUUAGUGGCUUUGAUGCUGUAGUGACAACUUCAGUGCCACUUGGGGGAGGCCUUUCGAGCAGUGCCUCCUUGGAAGUGGCCACGUACACCUUCCUAGAGGCACUCACUGGCACCCACACUUCCAGCCUGAGGGAGAAGGCCUUGGCGUGCCAGAAGGCGGAACAUGAUUUUGCCAACAUGCCAUGUGGAAUCAUGGACCAGUUCAUCUCCACCAUGGGCAAGAAAGGCAAUGCUUUGCUCAUCGAUUGCAGGUCAAUGGAGUCCACACUGGUGCCGCUGAGUGACCCCAACGUCACACUGGUCAUCACCAACAGCAACGUGCGGCACACACUGUCAGGCAGCGAGUACCCAACGCGGCGCAAGCAGUGCUCUGACGCCGCUGCCGCCCUGGGGAAGAGGAGCCUGAGGGAUGCCACCAUGAAGGAUUUGGAAGAGCACAAAUCAUCGCUGAGUGAGGAGGUGUACAGGAGAGCAUGCCACGUCAUCUCAGAGAUCGGCCGCACCCAGCAGGCGGUGGAGAUGCUGAGGCAGGGGGACUACACUACCUUUGGCAAGCUGAUGACCGACUCACACUCCUCCCUCAGGGAUGACUUUGAGGUGUCGUGCCCUGAGUUGGACCAGCUGGUGGCAGCAGCAGUGGAGGCCGGGGUGUUUGGCUCAAGGAUGACUGGUGGAGGCUUUGGUGGCUGUACUGUGAGUCUGAUGAAGGUGGAAAGUGUCGACAAAUUCAUCACUCACACUCGCCAAAAAUACAGUGGAACUCCGACUUUCUAUGUGUGUUCCCCUUCAGAGGGCGCCCACAUCCUGCCUCUGUAGUGCCGCCCUUCCUAUGUAGAGCCCUGCUACUCCUUCAUUCACAGUAUUCUUACAGCUUACGACAUGCAAGGAGAGUGAAGGCAGCAGUGCUUCUUGUUCUUUCUAGUUCUCCUGUCACAGUGUGCUAUAAUAGAGAAGUUUAUUUUUUGUGGGUUUUUUUUUUCACAUGUUUGAUUUUUUAAUUCAUGAUGUCGGGUGUUUUCAGUGAGUUUGAAUUGAUGGUGUUUGUGAAUAGAGAUUUAAAAGAAGGUUUGAUGGAUUAGUGUAUGAGGAUGAAAGGAAAAAAUAGACUAGUUUGUUUUAUACAGCCACUGCCACAUGUAGAUCUAAUAACUUCCUAUUUUCCUUUUUUUUUGGUUUAUGUAAGAGGGACAAUCUGGCCAAGGGCAAGAAAAUUACUAAACGAAAAGGCCCACUUAGAUGCUAAUUCCUGAGUAGAUUGGAGAGAGUUAACCAGAAGAAUGAGAUAAAUGUCUUCAAAUCUCCUUCUUAAAUGAGUUCAGAUUUAUUUUUUAUGUUCUUGUGCUCUUGUGUUCUCUGAGUGUGUGAAGGAAGCAAGAGAACAUGUUAAGGGGGGAAAAAAAGAGGAGACAAAAAGCUCCCAAGGAAAAAAAAAAGUUCAAAUCACCGGCCAGUUUAAUUAAAGUUUGCUCAAUUUUACUCUUGUCUUUGGAUUGUAAUCAUUGUGUCUUGCUGAUAACACACUAAUAAAUUAACAUGGUUGUCA